GGGAGCGGAGCGCCGGGGCCGCCCGGGGCCGGCGAGGUGACCCCCUCUGCUUGUGCUCUCGGGGUCCCCCUCGGGCCGUGGCCUGCUGCGACGCCACCCCCCGCCGGCGCGGACGGCGGGGGCCACCCACGGGCAGCUCCAUACUGAUGGACAUUGGAUGGGCCAGAGGCAGGGAUGGUCGGCUAUGACCCCAAAGCAGAUGUCAGAAAUAACUCCAAGUUGGAGGUGGCGGUGGCAGGGUCUGUGUCUGGAUUUGUCACUCGGGCGCUGAUCAGCCCCUUGGAUGUCAUCAAGAUCCGUUUCCAGCUUCAGGUGGAGCGCCUGUGUCGCAGUGACCCCAACGCCAAGUACUAUGGCAUCCUCCAGGCCUGCAGGCAGAUCUUCCGGGAGGAGGGCCUAGCAGCCUUCUGGAAAGGACACAUUCCAGCCCAGUGUCUCUCCAUAGGCUAUGGAGCAGUCCAAUUUCUGGCGUUCGAGCAGCUGACGGAGCUGGCACAAGCCCACAAGCUGAGCGCGCACGAGUACUCCAUCCACUUCCUGUGCGGCGGCUGUCCGGCCUGCGCGGCGACCCUCACCGUGCACCCCGUGGACGUGCUGCGCACGCGCUUCGCCGCCCAGGGCGAGCCCAAGGUCUAUAAGAGCCUGCGCGAGGCCGUGGCGACCAUGUACAGGACUGAGGGCCCCUUGGUCUUCUACAAAGGUUUGGCCCCCACCAUGAUUGCCAUCUUCCCCUACGCCGGGCUCCAGUUCUCCUGCUACCGCUCCUUGAAGCACGCCUACAACUGGGCCUUCCCUGCAGACAAAAACCAGACUGGGACCAUCAAAAGCCUGCUUUGUGGCUGCGGAGCGGGGGUCAUCAGCAAGACCUGUACGUAUCCCCUGGACCUCUUCAAGAAGCGGCUACAGGUUGGAGGGUUCGAGCAUGCCCGAGCUGCCUUUGGCCAGGUGCGGAGCUAUAAGGGCCUCCUGGACUGUACCCAGCAGGUGAUGCAACACGAAGGCACGCAGGGCUUCUUCAAGGGCCUGUCCCCCAGCCUGCUGAAGGCCGCCUUCUCCACAGGCUUCAUGUUCUUCUGGUACGAGUUCUUCUGUAACCUCCUCUACUGCAUCAGGAGGGACGACAGUUAGCUCCAAGGACAGGAGGGGCUUCCAAUGGAGGCCCCCCUCCUCAAAGAAGCAAAAUUUGCCCGCGGAGCUCCUGUGGCAUCGAGGGGUGCUGCCUGCUGUGCCCCCCAAGGCCAGCUUUCUGGGGUCAAGUGGGUGGCCACCUGGACCCACCCUGCUGGGACCCCAGCAGACGGACAAAGGCCUUCUCCACGAGAGACGCAGGGGAAACAAAGCACGUCGCUGGGACGGAAGGGGCUGCCGUGGCUUCUCCUGAGAGACACCUUCCUCUUCCGGGGCCGUGUGCCUGGUUCAGAAGCUGCAGCUGAGGGCCGGAGAGCACUGAGCCCUCCUAGGAGGAGAGUGGGCCCCACCUGGGCUGUUUUCCCCACCAACUUAUUUAACAGACAUUAAAGCAACAAGCACAUUCCUUA